AUGGGUAAGAAUCCAAUGGCUGUGGUAUUGGUUUGCUCUCACUCGUUUCUUUCCGGCUACAAUCGGAAAACUGAAUAUCAUUGCAAUCUGUGUAAAAAGCUCACUAGAGAAAUGAGCACUGGCUCGCGACAAAAGCGUAUGAUUACGGUGGGUGAGGAGCUGUCACUAACGGAUGAUCUUUACUCUUGA